CUUUGCGCCUGCGCCAAGCUCGCCCUGCCUAGCCAGGUGCGCCCCGCCCCCUGCCUGCCCGGCCACCUUCGGGAGCGGCUUCCAAUAGGCGUUCGCCAUUGGCUCUGGCGACCUCCGCGCGUUGGGAGGUGUAGCGGGGCUCUGAACGCGCUGAGGGCCGUUGAGUGUCGCAGGCGGCGAGGGCGCGAGUGAGGAGCAGACCCAGGCAUCGCGCGCCGAGAAGGCCGGGCGUCCCCACACUGAAGGUCCGGAAAGGCGACUUCCGGGGGCUUUGGCACCUGGCGGACCCUCCCGGAGCGUCGGCACCUGAACGCGAGGCGCUCCAGUGCGCGUGCGCGGCGAGGGGCUUCCCGCACCUGAUCGCGAGACCCCAACGGCUGGUGGCGUCGCCUGCGCGUCUCGGCUGAGCUGGCCAUGGCGCAGCUGUGCGGGCUGAGGCGGAGCCGGGCGUUUCUCGCCCUGCUGGGAUCGCUGCUCCUCUCUGGGGUCCUGGCGGCCGACCGAGAACGCAGCAUCCACGACUUCUGCCUGGUGUCGAAGGUGGUGGGCAGAUGCCGGGCCUCCAUGCCUAGGUGGUGGUACAAUGUCACUGACGGAUCCUGCCAGCUGUUUGUGUAUGGGGGCUGUGAUGGAAACAGCAAUAAUUACCUGACCAAGGAGGAGUGCCUCAAGAAAUGUGCCACUGUCACAGAGAAUGCCACGGGUGACCUGGCCACCAGCAGGAAUGCAGCGGAUUCCUCUGUCCCAAGUGCUCCCAGAAGGCAGGAUUCUGAAGACCACUCCAGCGAUAUGUUCAACUAUGAAGAAUACUGCGCCGCCAAGGCAGUCACUGGGCCUUGCCGUGCAUCCUUCCCACGCUGGUACUUUGACGUGGAGAGGAACUCCUGCAAUAACUUCAUCUAUGGAGGCUGCCGGGGCAAUAAGAACAGCUACCGCUCUGAGGAGGCCUGCAUGCUCCGCUGCUUCCGCCAGCAGGAGAAUCCUCCCCUGCCCCUUGGCUCAAAGGUGGUGGUUCUGGCGGGGCUGUUCGUGAUGGUGUUGAUCCUCUUCCUGGGAGCCUCCAUGGUCUACCUGAUCCGGGUGGCACGGAGGAACCAGGAGCGUGCCCUGCGCACCGUCUGGAGCUCCGGAGAUGACAAGGAGCAGCUGGUGAAGAACACAUAUGUCCUGUGACCGCCCUGUCGCCAAGAGGACUGGGGAAGGGAGGGGAGACUAUGUGUGAGCUUUUUUUAAAUAGAGGGAUUGACUCGGAUUUGAGUGAUCAUUAGGGCUGAGGUCUGUUUCUCUGGGAGGUAGGACGGCUGCUUCCUGGUCUGGCAGGGAUGGGUUUGCUUUGGAAAUCCUCUAGGAGGCUCCUCCUCGCAUGGCCUGCAGUCUGGCAGCAGCCCCGAGUUGUUUCCUCGCUGAUCGAUUUCUUUCCUCCAGGUAGAGUUUUCUUUGCUUAUGUUGAAUUCCAUUGCCUCUUUUCUCAUCACAGAAGUGAUGUUGGAAUCGUUUCUUUUGUUUGUCUGAUUUUUGGUUUUUUUAAGUAUAAACAAAAGUUUUUUAUUAGCAUUCUGAAAGAAGGAAAGUAAAAUGUACAAGUUUAAUAAAAAGGGGCCUUCCCCUUUAGAAUAAA